CCCCAGUCCAUCACGAACUACUAUCUAGCUCCAGCCUUACUCCUUCCCUCCUUUCCCCAUCCUCCCUCCACCCUUAGUUUCUUCUACCCUGAGCAUGCCGCUCCUCGCCGGCAAAGUCAUCGCCCUCACCGGCGCCGCCUCCGGCAUCGGGCUCGCGACCGCGCACCUGCUCGCCUCGCGGGGCGCCACGCUCUCGCUCGCAGACGUCAACGCGGCUGCGCUCGACAAGGCGGAGAAGGAGAUCCGGGCCAAGUAUCCCGGCGUGCAGGUCUUGCCGUAUGAGCUGGAUGUGCGGACGGAGGAGCAGGUGGGCAAGUGGAUUGAGACGACGGUGGGGGUGUUUGGCAGGUUGGAUGGGUGUGCGAAUUUGGCGGGGGUUAUUGGGAAGAGUAUCGGUCUCAAAGGGAUAGCGGAGCAAGAUGUGUCGGAGUGGGAUUUUAUCAUGGAUGUCAAUCUGAAGGGCAUGAUGCUUUGUCUGAAGCACCAACUGCGGUACAUUUCAGACGGCGGGUCGAUUGUGAAUGCUGCGUCUAUCGCCGGCCUCCAAGGACGACCCAAUAACGCAGCGUAUGCGGCGAGCAAGCAUGGCGUUAUCGGGCUGACGCGCAGCGCGGCGAAGGAGGUUGGGAGUAGGCAGGUGAGGGUUAAUGCUAUAUGUCCAGGAUAUAUCGAAACGCCUAUGAACGCCAACGCGCGCAAGAUCGCGGAAGAGAACAGCGCAGCGGAGACAGAGCACCGGACUUCGGAAGCUAUGAGUGUGGCGCUAAAGAGGAGCGGGAAGGCGAAUGAGGUCGCUGAACUAAUUGCCUUUCUACUAGGCGAUGGGAGCAGCUUUAUUACUGGCGGUGCUCAUAGUGUUGACGGUGGGUGGAAUUGUUGAUGCAGGAGGGCAUGGAAGUCCGAGAUUUGGUGGAAGGAGAGCUGUACUCUGAGGCAUAGGUUAGGGCAGCGGAAGGACCAAGAAGCCCAGAAGUUUUUCUUUGAGUGAAGACUGUGGUACGAUGAACAGUUUCCCGGAGUUUUGGCGCUCUAAGAAACCCCCGAAAGUAUU